CAUGAAGUGAACAACAGGACUCCAAAGGGAAAACCAACUGGCCAGUGUCCCACAGGGAGAAGGUGAGAGUCCUACUGGUGUCCUGUACCUCGAUCGACCAACGGACAGUUGCCGUGUCCUGUUAAAGGUUGUCCCAGUCAUCCUUCACUAUAACUGCAGGACUCUAUAUACUUAUGCUGUACUGGAUGAUGGAUCGGAAAGGACCAUGCUGCUGCCCACUGCUUCCCGUGAGCUGUCAAUACAAGGCACUAAUGAGACACUCCCAUUACGCACCAUAAGACAAGAUGUGGAAACUCUUCACGGUUCCUGUAUUUCUUUCACCAUUUCACCUAAAGCAAAGCCAAGGCUAAAGUAUCAGGUGAAUAAUGCCUUCACAGCCGUCCACAAUCGACCUGGCAGAACAUACUUAUCAGGUUCAGUCCCUUAAGAAGAAGUACAAGCACCUCAGAGGCAUUCCGCUCCAGUCCUUCAGAAAGGUUAAACCUCUGCUACUGAUUGGUAGUGACCAUGCACAGCUCAUCACUCCAAUCGAGCCGUUACGCCUUGGUCCUCCAGGAGGUCCCGCAGCAAUGUGCACCAGAUUAGGCUGUGCAUUGCAGGGCCCUUCCAGCCCUUUCCUCCCACUUUCCCAGCCACGGCAGUGCCUGUUCACCACCACUCUCUCCCCUCAGGUCAAUGAACUAUCUAGACACGUGGAGAAUGUAGCAAUCCACGUCUGGACUGAGGUAACCUGACCUACAUGUGAACUUAACUCCCUCCUUUGAAGAGCCCCUACGUCCCUUUACUCCCCAGAGAUAAGGGACCCUGAACCUUUCUCCACAACAGGAGACUGGCUUCUAUCACCACAGGCACCAAUUGACGCCAACAUCUCAAAGGUCCAUAUCAAAGAACCAUUAGUCCACUUUGUUGAUCUACCUGUAAAUCCCUCAGGAUUCUACCUCUGCUUAUCAUGCCAAAAGGAGAGGCUGUCACAUUUAUCACCAAGAAGCUGUCUCUCCCAGAACUGGGACCACCAGCCAUAAAAUGUGGAAUGUGCUCAUCAAAGAGAACGAGAGACUUCAUUUGGACACAGGUUCUGGUUCAGAUGCACCAGAACUUUCAACUUCCAUGAAACUGAUGUCAUCGUAUUCUGUGGACAAAAUGUUUUCAUUUGAUAUUAGAUUGGUUUCUGUGUGAUGUUCAAUGCCUGAUCUACAGAUUUACCAGGAAAUUCCUAAAGUUACAAAGGGACUUCAACUCAUCACCAUGCUUUCCUUUGUGUGAAGACACAAAGUUGAAAUAGAGAUACUCACCUUCUUUACUUCUUUUAAUCUGUGCAACAUACACAUGGACUAUUUCCACCAGCUACAAUUCGGUAUGCUCAUUAUUGUAUCACAUUUUUAAGUGUUACAAUUGUUUAAUUAGUAAUGUCCAGAUUAGGUCAUUUAUAAUUUGAUUUUGCUUGCAUUUAUUAUUCGUGUAUGUUUUAGUGUUUACUGGGUGUUGCAUAAGACAAGACCAGGCAUCAUGAAUAACAUUUAAGUUGUUACAGCAUUGUAAGGGACCACGUAUAAGACCUUAAGAUUCUAUGCAGUUAAUGUUGCUGGUUAACUAAUCUGACUGCUCAUUUGAGUGUCAAAGUGAUCAUUACAUGCUUAUUGUGUUAUGGUGUGAUGGAACUUUGAGCUUGAUGAAAAGAGAAGAGCUUAGUUAUCCCAGAUUUAGGAGCGAUCCAAAUCCAAUAGUUUGAUUCCUGAUCUGAAGAGGUGGAACUCUUCACCACUGGUUGAAGUCAUUUCUCCGCCCUGCAGUGACCACUGCCCCAGAGGUAUUUAAACCAGUGACACCCAAGGCAAAACGGAUUUCCCUCUAUCUUCAAACUUCUUUCACUUUUUCCUUUUUGCGUCGCAUUACUUUUCUUUAAUUUUCCUUUGUUCUUAAAUUUUGUAAACCUAAGUUAAACUUAGAGACACGAACGAACAACGAUUUUUGUAACGUUAGAAAGUCAUCAAGAAACUCCGCGAAACUGAAACUAUUACAACCAGUCCUUAAAUGACUCGCUAUUUUUGAUCAAACUAAUUAAAUUAGAUUCCAGCCCGUUUGCUUUUUGGGCUAGUUUAAGCAGUGCUGACGCUUUGCAACACCCUGAAAGUCCAGCCUGGCUGACUGUUACUCUGCUGAACCCGAGCCGUCAUCAUCACCGCGGGCGACGAUUCCUGGCCCAGAGGCCGUGGCACCUGGACCAGAGAGGGCACGCCUGCUCAACCGAACCGGUAACGGGAAACGCUGCACAGCGGCUACAGCUCCAAACUAAGGCAAGACGAACAUCUCUAAUCCUCUGAGAAGUCUGGUGUUUCUCAAAGCUCUGAAAUUGAACAUUCCAAAUUUAUGAGUUAUCCUUAGAUUUGAAUUAGUUAGAGACAAAUACUCUUUUCUCUUGAUCAAAGCCAUCACACACUCAGGUCUUGACCAUUCUUUGGGUUUCACUCAUUGAUUCAUUCACUGUUCAUCAUCUCAUUCUGAUCAUUCUCUCAUUUUCUGUUCUGUUUAUUUGAGUAUUUCCAUAUUAUGUUAUUCAUAUAUCCAGUAGUGUUAGAUUAAUAAAACGUUAAAAGGAAUCUAGUUUUGUGUGCAUUGCUCUUCAGAUUUAAACAGAGGUCACUGAACCGCGACAAGAAUUCACGGCAUAAGAGACUGAUUUGGUUUUAUCACAAGAAAGUGGUUAUUGUUGUUCAUGAGUGGUAACUCAUUGAAUUGAUAUCUGGCUUUGACUAGAUUAAUACAAGCGUGGUUUCAGCUUUAAAACAAACCUGGUGCCCCAACUUCGAGGUAUAUUAAUGUUUUGCAUUAAUAUCAAACUAUUAAUAAUUUGAAUCCGCUACAUCAUCAUUUAUGCUUAUUUAAGUUCCUUCUGUGAGAUGACUAGUAGUCUCCUUUGAUCUUUUUGUAAUUGGAGUCCUGGGUUCAUUGCGUAAUAAACGUGUGUUUAUUAAAAAGUGUUUGAUGACAUUGCUUUUCAGUCCAGAUGUGUUAUAGCUGGUGUUACAUCAAACUAACCCUGCAAAGUUACAUAGUCUUGGAAUAGAAAUCUGACUUGUAAUGCUUUUUCUUGAUGUUAUGUUUCUUUCUCAGCUUUACUCUGGUGAAAACCUAAGGCACAUCAUUGUUUGUAACAGCAGCAGAGGAAAGGACGUCCAGUGUCAUGUGAAAAGCUGCACUUUACUCUGCAACAGGAGACUUCACACCAACAGACACUGUGCGUUCAACACAGCCACAUUCACAAGCUUCACAGGUUCAAAAUGUUCCCCAGGUGGUUGACAUUCACAGCUUUCCUGGCCAGUUUAUCAAAUUCACUAGGAGCAACUGCAGACGCUCUGAGAGUGAAGCCAACUUGUGGGGUCAAAGGUCGUCCAGAGCAACAGUUGAAUUUAAAGUGCGGAAAUGGAACAAAUACAGGAGAGGUCCAGUACUGGCACACCCCCUUUGGAGAGCUCCUGAGCUCCAGUUUCCCACUGGGCCCUGUGUUCAUGCGCCCUGACGGGAGCCUGGUGAUCCCCAACAGCAGCACUGUCCACAGUGGCAUGUACUACUGCCUCCUGCAGGACGCAAAGGGAGCUGUUCUAUGGCCAUACGAGCUGCAUGUUAGCCACCACCACCACCUGAGCCAAAUACUUGGUGACUGUCAGCAAAGCCUGUCUUCCACCAGGUUCAGCUGGGACAUAGUAUUUGAGAAGCAGAAAGAUGUUUCACAUGAGGCGUUUGCAGGAGCAGUGACAGCAUGUGUGCUGCUGAUGUUUGUGUUUGGCUUCAGCAUGGGAGCUUUGUCCAGGACUCUCAUCCUCAGAUUUUUAGAAUUUGUCACCAAGAGGCUUCAAUCAUCACACCAACAAACCAACGUGGUGGAGUUAUCGUUCACAUCCCAGGGCUUUGAGAUGGGAAACCUGCAGAACGAAAGCUCAAGCACAGAUACAUCAUCUCCACCCAUCAAACCCCAGAGAAGUUUCAGGCACAAGAAAGAAGAGGAGAGAAAAACAGAGGAGGAAGAGGCAGGCAAGAGUGUGGAGGGAAAUAAGAAACCGUGUGAAGAAGAGCAAAGAGAAGGCACAGAGAAUCCCAAUGAAACAGAGUACAGAGAAAGCACAAAGGAGAAAGAUGGAGGCCAGAGCCAGGAGGAUAAUAAGAGCAACGAGGACAGAGGAAUUGAGAAGGAGAAAAAGACAGACCAUGCAGAAACAACAAAGACAGCAGAAGAUUCUCAACAGCCAGUUACUGAAUCAGGAGACAGUGAGUCACAGGACGGCAGCAUCAGAGAAGCGUCGCUCCCGGCUCGGCGCUGUCGCAUCAUCCGCCUGUACCAGUACGACGAGGACGGCCAGAGGUACUGCCACCUCCCAGAAACCCUGCACGAGCCGGCCCCCACCCCCCGGCCCAGGCAGAGGACCCGCUCUCUGACGCGGCUCAGCGCCAUCAUGGCCGCCGCUACACAGGAGGCGGGAGGAGAGGAGGGGACACGCUUCCACAUGGACAGCAGGACAGCAGCCAUGAUGUGACAGAUGCUGUACAACCUUGAGGAUGGAGCCUUUGACCCCACACACAAACCUCGUCAAAACCAGUAUCAUAGGACUCAAAGUUUGGUCUCUGUGAUGGGCAGCUGUGGAUCCAACCAUCCUGCCUGUAUCCAGUCCCUGGUCCAACCAUCCUGCCUGUGCUCUGUUGUUGCUUGUUGUUUCUUGUUGUUGUUGCUGUGCUUUUCUUUCUCUCUAUCCUCUCACCCCAACCGGUCGAGGCAGAUGGCCGCCCACAUCCAGUCUGGUUCUGCUGGAGGUUUCUUCCUCGUUAGAGAGGGAGUUUUUCCUCUCCACUGUUGCUGUCAAAUUAAAUGCUUGCUGUAUGUGGGAUUUGUUGGGUUUAGUUGUGUGAGGUUUUAAACCUUACUUUGUAAGGUGCCUUGAAAUAACUUUGUUGUGAUUUGGCGCUAUAUAAAUGAAAUUGAAUUGAAUUGAAUUAAUAAAGACAAAUCAGCCCAUCUCUCUCCAAGACCACAGCACAGUUCAGCCAGAGUCUGUCCACUCCAACAAACAGCCUGUAACUCACUAGAACUUGGAUUAACAUGUUACACAUCAGCACUCAAAACGAUUGAGCACAUUGAGCACCGACCCGCACUUACGGAAAAAAGGCUGACCUCUCAUCCACCCACUCACAAGCAAAAGGUGUUGGCUCAUCCACUAGAAACAACUUGGCUUUCUGUGUCUAAGCCAAGAACAUUUCAAAACGCUGAACGGGCCAAAGCCUGAACCACCACGCAGCUCAAAGCAGAACAUGUUUGUGUACC